AUGGCAGAGAAAGCAUUCAAAUCUCUGGUCAACCUUACCAGGCGCUUGACCAUCGACAACAAGAAGACGCCAACAGUGCCCGUCCCAGCUCAGGAGACCGAGCCACAGGAGGUGCGCGCACCCUCGCCCAUCAGGCCCGACAGCCGCUCGCUGAUCAAGUACCUCGACUGCGACCACGUCUUCGAGCACCUGGCGCCGAGCCGCUACCACCGCCCGGAGGGGCACGACGUCGUCAAGUACGACCCCGGCGAGUGCCCCGACUGCGCCGAACUGGCCGACUGCUCGUGCUGCGGCGCGCCCUUCCCCACGGAGGUGGGCGCCGACGGCCAGGAGGAGACGAUCCGCGUCUGUCGCCGCUGCAUCGGCUGCGGCUGUGGCGGCGGCCGGGCGCCGUUCGCCUUCUGCUGCGAGGACGAGCGUCUUUUUUCCGAGGAGCGCAAGAUGGACGACACCCCGGAGGGUGGUUGGAAGGCGAAGGGCGGUUGGAAGGCGAAGGGCGGUUGGAAGGUGAAGGGUGGAUGGAAGGCGAAGAAGGGUGGUGGUGCUCAGACUCAGACUUGGACGAGCCCGUAA